UGGUGUCGGCGUGUGUGUAAACACUUGUAGCUGAAAGAGAGAAGAAGGAGCUGUUUUCAUGACACGUUGUGACUUAAAGUUGUUUUCCGCCGCGUUCGUCGUCUGUCACGCAGCCGCUCGAAGAUGAAGAUCAAGUCCAAGUCCUCGUAUCACAAAUCUGAGAACACCUACAGGUUUCUCACUUUUGCUGAGAGGCUUGCCAAUGUCAACAUCGAUGUCAUCCACCGCAUUGACCGGACCGGGGCUUAUGACGAGGAAGUAGAAACCUAUUUCUCUGAAGGACUGACAAAAUGGAAAGAUCUCAACUUGACAGAACAUUUCACGACCUUCUUGAAAGAGAUGUCCAACAAGAGCCAGUCGUUCAACCUGCUGGUUUUCCAUCAGAAGGCCGUGGUGGAGAGUCUGAAAACCCACCUGGCGGUCGAGAACAGCCUCGCCUACCAGCCACUUCUCGACCUGGUGGUGCAGCUGGCCCGGGACCUGCAGACUGACUUCUACCCGCACUUCCCCGACUUCUUCGUCCUCAUCACCUCGCUGCUGGAGACGAAGGACACGGAGCUGCUGGAGUGGGCCUUCACCUGCCUCUCGUACCUCUACAAGUACCUGUGGAGGCUCAUGGUCAAGGACAUGACCAACAUGUACAGUUUGUACAGCACGCUGCUGGCGCACAAGAAGGAGCACAUUCGCAAGUUCGCCGCAGAGAGCUUCUCGUUUUUGAUGAGGAAGGCUCCAGAUCUGAAUGUGCUGCUGGUUCACAUGUUCUCAGACCUGCAGCAGCACCCUGACAAGGCAGAGGGGGCAGGCCUGCUGCUGUUUGACAUGUGCAAAGGCGUCCGCAACAUGUUCCACUCCUGCGCCGCCACGGCUAUCCCGGUUGCCCUGCGGAAGCUGGGUCACGUGACCAGCCCGGAUGUCUCUCUGCCAUGGGACACCGUCAGGGACGCGCUCGAUCACAUGGCCCAGGCUGCAGCCGAUCACGUUGACAGAGAACACCUCCUGGUGUUUUGGGAGGCCCUGCAGGCCGGUGUGUUGGAGGUCCUGGCUGUCCUGGAGGAGGGGGCACAUGAGGCUGGUCAGGCAGCGGAGCAGCUGGAGAGACUGCUGUUCAUUUUCCACACCCUGAUGUCCUACAGGGACGGAGCUAAAGUCACCAAACCAGAGGCCGUCUGCCAGACGGUGUUGCGGCUGCUCCAGAGUCCGGCUCUGUCAGGCUCCUGCUCCCGCCUGCUCCUCCAGAUCAUCUCCUCUCUGCUGCUGGGGGAGAACAUCACCCUGCCUGCCGCACUCAUCCAGGAGACAGUCCAAAAGGUGUUUGGCAGCAGGACGGAGCAGGAUCUAAUCCUCGAGUUCACCAAGGAGAUGUUCACCAUGAAACAGUUUGAGCAGCUCUUCCUGCCCAGCUUGUUGCGGUUCAUUUCGGGCUUGUUCGGCCGCGAUGAUCCCCUGUCUCGACACUGCGGCCUGGAGGUGCUCGUCCGCCUGAUCCUCGCAAAAGCCCCGCCGCCCACUGACGGCUCCAUGGCCUUCGAGACCUACCCGCUGCUCUUCACUGGACAGACAACAGGGGUGUUCGGCAGUAAGGAGGCGGGCCAGGUGAGCGCUGCGGCCCCACAGAAACGGACGCUGCCGGUGCCGGAGCUGGUCCUGUCUCUGGUUGACCUUCCCCAAGAGCAGAGUCAGCCCAUCACUGAUCUGUCGCUGCCAUGGGCCGCCCUGGUGUUGCUACCACACCUCAGGCCUCUGGCUCCAGCUGGUGUGGUUUCCGCUGUGACCGCCCUCCUAAACCACCUGCUGUCUGAGAUUGAGACAGAGAAACUGGGCAAAGCCGGUCUGUUUGUUGCCAGACAGGCUCUCAGCUGCCUCCUCGCUCUGGACGGCUCCGCCCAGCUCCUGCCGCUGGUCGGCGUCGACAAGGUCACUUCAAUCUUAAGGAAGUUCCCAACAGACCUGUCAGCCCUGUUGCUAGGAGACCUCUACUACACCCGCCUGUCACUCAGUGGCGUCUCCCAGCACCUGUCCCACAAUGCACUGCUGGAGGUCCACCAGAUUCUGCACGCCAACCUCUCCUCCAACAUUUCCAAGAUCCGCCUCCUGACUUUGAGAAUCCUCUCUCAGUUUGAGGCUGAGCUUCCUGCACAGACCGAGGGUGAGGAGAGUGUGGAGGCGCAGCCGGUGUUUGCGGUGUGCCUGCAGGCGGAGCUGGUGCCGGCCUCGGUGCAGGACUACAGAGAGAAGCUGCUGCACUUGCGGAAGCUGCGACACGACCUGGUGCAGCGCAGCCUGCCGCGGGGCCCGCAGGGCUGCUUCCAACAGGUUCCCCUGCGUUAUCUCAUAGCGAUGCUGUUCAUCAACUUCAGGCCGUUGUGGGACGCAGUCAUUGAGCUUCUUGUGAGUCAUGCCAGAGAGAUGGACAACAAGGACUUCUGGAGGGUCUACCAUGAACAUCUGGAGAUGGUGGCAGGUCUAGCUGAAAAAGAACUGCAGGAGGGCGGUGAUGAUGACGACAGCGAUGAAGGGGAGUCAGAUCAUGGCGGCGAGCCGGGCUGUGAUGUCAUCGAGAGCGGAGAUGUGGGUGUGCUGUUCCUGCAGCAGCUCAAGCUGACCUCCGACCCCAGCGAGAGGACGGACUUCCCCAACUUCCGCAGCCUGCUGUGGCGGGCCAUGGCCCAGUUCCCCGACAGGGUGGAGCCGCGCAGCCGAGAGCUCAGCCCGCUGCUGCUCCGGUUCAUCAGGAAUGAGUUUUACCCCGCCGACCUGCUGGUGGCGCCCACCCAGGACCUGAGGAAGAGGAGCGACGCCGCCCCAGAGGAGCCUGGGAUGGCUGUGGAGGAAGAGGAGGAGAGGGAGGAAGAAGAGGAUGAGGCAGAAGAAGGAGGGAGGCAGCAGAGGAAGGCCCCUCCGAGGAGAGCUGCCGCCAAACAGCUGAUUGCACAUCUGAAAGUGUUUGGCAAAUUCACCAACCCGCGCUCUCUGUACCUGGAGGGCAGCCUGUGGGAGCUCUACAACCAGUUGCUGUGCCAUCAGGACGCGCAGAUUCAGAAGGCGGUGCUGGAGUGUGUUCUCACAUACAAUGACCCCAAAAUACUACCAUACAAGGAGAACCUUGAGAGGCUGCUGGACGACAAACACUUCAGAGAGGAGAUUGUCCACUUCAACAUCUCUGAGGAGAGAGCAGUGGUGAACGCUUUGCACCGGGACAAGCUCAUCCCGCUGCUUAUGAGGAUCCUGUUUGGCCGACUGCGCAGUAAAGCGGGCAGCAAGUUCCAGGGCAAAGCCAGCGCCGCCUCCCGCUCCUCCAUCGUACUGCGCUUCCUGGCCGGCUGCCAGUCCGAGGAGCUGGGAAUGUUCAUCGACCUGCUGCUGGAGCCCGUCUGCCACCACAGCCAAGGUCCAUGUCUGGCUGCGGUUGAGAGAGCGGUGGCAGAGACGGACAUGGGCGCCGUGCUCCCGCUGGGCCGACAGCACAGCCUGCUGAACAUCAUCAACGUCGUGAUCCACAAGCUGGGCCACCUGAUCCACGACUACCUGCCCAAGAUGCUUCAGAUCCUGCUGUGUGUCACCGCCUCUGUGUCGGCCAUGCUGGACUGCAGGGAUCAGCUGAAGGCCGGCUGUAUCAGUCCUCUGAAGAACCUCAGGCGACUCGGCGUCCUGCGGAUCCACGACUUCUUUGACAACUUUGACACGUACAGCUUCAGCGCGGACGAGCUGGACGCUGUGUUCCAGGCUGUGGUCUGGCCUCAGGUGUGUCGUCUACCCACAGAGAGCCCCUACUCCCCCACCCCGCUGCUGAAACUCAUCCAUGCAUGGAGCAAGAAUCCCAGGUGUUUUCCCCUCCUGGCCAAGCAGAGGCCCGACCACCCAGAGUGUGACGUCCUGCUCAAUGUCUUCGCCCUGCUCUCCGCCAAAAAUGCUUCCCCGGCUACUGUUGCCAUGGUAAUGGACACGGCAGAGUCCCUGGCAACCACAGAGGACUUUGUUGCCUCUGAGAGCGAGACAGAGCUGAGCGUCAACAGCUGUGUGUUCCCCCAGCCUGCAGAGGGCACUGCCAUCACUGCAGAUUCGUUAUCCCAGGGCUCCAUGCUGCUGUUGCCUCACAUCUCCACCCUGCUCAGCUACUUCAGCGGAGUCGUACGCAACACCGACAGGCUCAGGAAGAAGAAGUUCAGGGCCCAGGUGGCCAAGGAGCUCAACAUCCUCUCCAAGAUCAGCCGUUUUGUCAGCGACAAGGAGCAGAGCUCGCUGCUCAUCAGCCUGCUGCUGCCUUACCUGCAGAAGAGCAACAACCCUCCGGAGGCAGAGAUCGACAUCCUGGCCACGGUUCAGAACCUGCUGAGACAGUGUUUGGAGCCGGCCGCCUUCCUCCGGCCCCUCAGCAAACUCUUCUCUGUCAUCCACAACAAGCUGGCCAGGAAGGCACUCACCAGCGUCUUCCAGACUCUGUCAGACCUGGAGCCUUCGCUUGCUUACAUCACUGACGUCGCUGCAAAGCUGAACGCGUUUGACAGUCGACACUUGGAUGAGAUCUACUUCGACGUGCGUCUCACAGGUUUCCUGGACGCCACCAGGCGCAUCAAGGACAUGCAGACUCUGGACAUGGAUUACAUCACCACCGUUAUGCACAACUGCUUCCACACUUUUGAGAUUGGAGACAUGUCGCUGGCAGACAACGCCACCUUGUGUCUGUCAGCCGUAAUAACCCAGCUGGCAGCAGUGGGGGCUGGAGAGCAGCUCUAUAAGGACAUCGUCCAACACACCAUCCUGGACGCCGUGUAUAAGGGGCUCCGCAGCAAAACGGAGAGUGUCCAACAGGAGUACACCACAGUCCUCGCCUGCCUGGUGAAGACGUUUCCCUCCAAGAGAGAGUUCAGAGACCUGGUGCAGCUCACCGACUACAACGACCCCGAGUCUGACUUCUUCGAGCACAUGAAGCACAUCCAGAUCCACCGGCGGGGUCGAGCCCUGAGGAGGUUGGCAAAGCACCUGACCGAGGGCACGGUGGUGAUGUCGUCGCGCUCCCUCCAGCACUUCGUCAUGCCGUACGCCAUGACCACGCUGUUCGACGAAAAGAUGCUCAAGCAUGAAAACAUGAUUUCGGCAUCAGUGGAGGUGGUGGGCGCAGUGUGCCGCAGGCUGACCUGGUCCAAGUACCUCUACUACCUCCGACACUUCAUCCACGUCCUGCAGACGGCGCAGGCUGAGCAGAAACUGGCCGUCACUUUGUUAGUCACAGUGCUGGAUGCCUUCCAUUUUGACCACCAGACCCUCAGCAGAGAAAUGGAGGCUGCCAAGGCCAGACAGGGAGCGACUGAUGCAGCCGACGGCGACAACGAGCACGACCCCGCGGAGGCUGACUUGGACGAGAGUGAUGACGAAGACGCCAUGGAGACGGACGACAAUGCCACCGCUGCUGACGUCGCAAUGGAAACUGUCACCGCUGACGGGGAGAAGGAUGCCGUCCCCAUGGAAACGGGUGGCGGCGGCGAAGCCAAGAAGGCGGCGGCUCCCAAAGUCCCACCGGUGCCCAGCGGGUUACCUCAGAGCAAAGAGGAGCUGGACUUCCUGAUCAGCUCCAUCCACCGCACUGUUAAUAACACCGUCCUGCCCAGUCUGCACAAGUGCCUCACCGCCAAGGUAAAGCGUGAUGAGGAGCACAAGGCAGUGAAGUCAAAGGAUGUGAAGGAUGAGGAGGUGGCGCGCGUGCCCAUAGCCUUUGCCAUGGUCAAGCUGAUGCAGACUCUGCCUGCAGACAUCAUGGAGGCAAACCUGCCCGGGAUCCUGAUCAAGGUGUGUGUGCUGCUGAGGAACCGUUUCCAGGAGAUCCGUGACGUGGCGAGGGGAACGCUGGUGAAGAUCGUCGAGACGCUGGGCUGCAGGUACCUGCGAUACCUGCUCAAAGAGAUGCAGGGAGUCCUGGUCAAGGGCUACCAGGUCCAUGUGUUGACGUUCACCGUCUACCAGCUGCUGUUGAAGCUCAGUCCAACGCUGAAGAGCGGCGACUUGGACCCGUGCAUGAGCCUGCUGCUGGAUAUCUUCAACAACGAGUUGUUUGGGGCGGUGGCCGAGGAGAAGGAGGUGAAGGGGAUCGUCUCCAAGCUGAUGGAGGCGCGGCACAGCAAGAGCAUGGACUCCUACGAGCUGCUGGCCCAGUACUGUGGCAAGGAGAAAGUUACCGAGCUCAUACUGCCUCUUAAAGAGAUCCUGGAGACUUCGUCCAGUCUGAAGGUGUGUCGGAAGGUCGGGGCCGUGCUGCGGCGGCUGGUCCUGGGUCUGCUGGCCAACACCGGCAUGGGCCACCAGGAUAUCCUGCUGCUGAGCCACGGUCUGGUCAGCCAGAGCCUGCCGCUGCUCACCAAGAGAGACAAAGAGAAAGCAUCGGCCAAGCCUCCUCCAGACCCCAGGCUGCCCCCUCCCAGCUGCCUCCUCCUGCCUCCGACCCCGAAGAGGGGUGGGAAUAAAGCCGCGGUCAGCAGCCGCACCAACAUGCACAUCCUGGUGGACUCCGGUCUGAAGCUGCUGCACCUGAGUCUGAAGAAAGGCAAAGUGACGUCGUCUGAGGCCUCGGCCUUGGAGAUGCUGGACCCGUUUGUUGCGCUGCUGCUCGAAUGCCUCAACUCCAUGCACGUCAAGGUGAUCACGGAGGCCCUGGUGGCGUUCACCUGGCUGCUGAAGUUCCCUCUGCCGGCGGUGGAGCAGAACUCGGACCAGCUGAUCAAGCAGCUCUUCAUCCUGCUGAAGGAUUACUCCAAGGCCGGCGCCGCCCGCGGGGAAAACUUCUUCCUGGUGCAGAGCUGCUUCAAGGCCAUCACCAUCCUGGUGAAGAACGUGAAGAGCAGCAAUAUCUCAGAGACGCAGCUGCAAGUGCUGCUGGGAUACGCUGAGGAGGACAUCUACGACCAGUCGCGCCAGGCCACCGCCUUCGGCCUGCUGAAGGCGAUCCUGUCCAGGAAGCUGGUAGUUCCAGAGAUGGAGGAAUUAAUGAAGAAAGUGGCCAAGCUGUCUGUCACAGGUGGCAACGCUAUGAUCAGGAUCCAGUGUCGACAGAUCUACAUGAAGUACCUGCUGGAUUAUCCGCUGGGCAAGAAGCUGAAGAACCACCUGGACUUUGUGUUGGCCCAGCUGACCUACGAGCACGACACAGGCAGGGAGUCUGUGCUGGAGAUGCUCGCCUACAUCUUCCAGACUUUUCCUCAGAGGCUGCUGUUGAGGCACAGCGGCCUGUUCUUCGCCCCGCUCGCCCUCGCCAUGGUCAAUGAUGACUCAGCACGCUGUAAGAAAAUGGCCGCCUUAGCCGUCAAGGCCCUGCUGGCCCAGCUGGACCUGAACCACCAGAACACUCUGUUCUCCCUCGUCAACACCUGGCUGAAUGCAGAAAAGAUGAGUCUGCGGCGUCUGGGCGCUCAGGUCUGCGGUCUGUUUGUGGAGGUGGAGGGGGAGAACUUCGCCCGCCGCCUGGAGGAGCUGCUGCCCCUCAUAGAGAAAGAGAUCCACCCCGACAACUACGAAGAUAUCGAGGAGGAGCAGGACGAGAGGGGGGCAGACAGGCUGCUCUUCAGUUAUUUGACUCUCAUCACCAAACUGACCCAGCACUGCGGCCUGCUGGAGCUCAAGAAGCCUCAUGACACACUCUGUAAUAUCUGGGGUCACGUCGAAGCCCACCUGCGCUACCCUCACUGCUGGGUGUGGCUGACGUCCUCUCAGCUCUUUGGCCAGCUGUUUGCAGCCCACCAGCCCGAGCAGCUGGUCUCCACCUGGAGAGGAGACGGAGACAGCGCUUCGCCCCAGCAGGUGGCCACGACCUUCAUCACAACAAACCUGGACAAGAGGAUGAGAGAGUUGGUGUUGAGUUUCUGCCAUCAGCUCCAGUCCAAGUUCCUCGACACGGCGUCAGGAGAGCAGGUGAUCAAAAACCUGCUGUUCGUCGCCAAGGUGAUCUACCUCAUUUCCCCUGAUACUGACAUCACUUCCUCCCAAGAUGCUAACGGAGGGGAGGAGGAGCAAAAGGAGAACGGAGAUGGGGAUAAAGAGGAGGGAGAGGAAGAGGGGGAUGAAGAGGAGAAGGAGGAGAAAGAAGAAGAGGACAAGGAGGAGGAGGAGGAAGAGGAGGAGGAAGACAAGGAUGACCGGCCUCCCUCCCUCAUGUGGCUGAUGAAGAAGCUGUCGCUGAUGGCCAAGAGAGAGGCGGCCAACACUCCCAAAGUCCCCCUGAAGAGAACAUGUGUGUUUAAGUUCCUGGGGGCGAUCGCCAUGGACCUGGGCAAGGACCGACUCGGGCCGUACCUGACCACCAUCAUCGCUCCGCUGUACAGGGAGCUGGACAGCACCUACGCAGACCAAGAUCCCACGCUGAAGAACCUGGCGCAGGAGCUGAUCGAGCUGCUGAAGAGACAGGUGGGCCUGGAGAGAUUCUCCCUGGCCUUCUCCGCCGUGCAGAAGGAGUUCUCACUGAGAAGAGCAGUGAGGAAACGGCAGAGAGCCAUGCAGGCGGUGACGAACCCCGACAUCGCCGCCAAGAAGAAGCUCAAGAAGCACAAGAACAAGAUCGAAGCCAAGAAGAGGAAGAUCGAGUUCCUUCGGCCCGGAUAUAAAGCCAAGAAGCACAGGAGCCACGCGCUCAAAGACCUGGCCAUGGUGAAGUGAGCGUGUCGGGACACUCGGACGUGGCAGAGCGCUGAGUUUGCAGAUCGAGGACACUAAGCGGGGAUGUGAGCUCCCCAGGCUGCUGGUGGUGGUGUUAAAAUUUGAUGACCUGGUCUACAAAUAAUUCUCCUGUCAAGUCAUCCAUCGGUCAAAAACAUUAAUAUUGGUUAGGAUUGGGAAGACAGGAAAAUCAUAAGGACUCAAUAAUGCGUUUACAUAUCAUAGACUUGCACAGUGAACCAUGCACCUCCAAAACUGCCACUAGUCUGUCUUUAUGGCUGUUACUGUUAUGACAUUUAUAACUUUGCAAAUAUGUUAGUCAACAUAGCCAACAUCACAUCAGACCAGCAGACACAGAGCAGGUGUUUGACUUGUGGGAUUUGGUCCAUGUGCAUAAACGGGGUUAAGAUCCACAAUUAAUAAGGAUAUUGUGCAAACCCCAGCUGUUGAUGCAAAAUGAUUUCGGUGUAAUGCAUCUUUUCUUUUCUUCACUGGAGACCCAGCAUCCCUGUGUAUAAAAUGAUGCAGAAAUGACUCAUCAUGUUGGAAGAUGAAAACAGCUUCUCCUGUGACACUGCUAUCAAUUAAUAUUAACUGCAGGUAAAAGAAUGUGCUAAGGUGAGCUCCAUUUUUGUUAUUUUGCCAACUGAGUGGAGAAUAGUUUUGAAGUUUAUAUAUUGUGGAGCUAAAUGUACAACUUUUGUUUUUUUAAUUAAACAGAUCUGAUAGAAACUGA